AUGCCAUUCACCUUCGGUGCCCCAGCCUCCUCUGGAGGCGCCUCCAGUGGAAGUGCAUUUGGAGCCGGCAAUGCUUUUGGUGCUAACAAGGAUAACAAUGCGCCUAGCGGUGGCCUCUUCGGAAAUGUGGGAGCUUCGACAACUAACACGCCGUUAUUUGGAAACGCCACAAGUGGCACAAGCACUCCUAGCUUCGGCAAUGCAGGCGCUGCCAAUGGUGGUGCAUCAAGCUUCAGCUUCGGCGGCAAUGCUCAAGGCGGAAGUGGCACGCAGCCCAACUCACUCUUCAACAACCAAACUCCAAACAAGACCACCGAAUCAACCACACCUGGUCAGACUGCCGGCGGCGGAUUGUUUGGCCAAGGUAAACCAAAUAGUUUGUUUGGCGGCGCGGCCCCGACGGCUACUCCUGCUCCCGCGGGAGGAUCCAUGUUUGGCAACAAUUCCACCACCCCUGCUGGGCCCCCUCCGGCCUCCAACCCUCCCAACAGCCUCUUCGGAGCUGCGAAACCCGCUUCCUCGACUACCCCCUCAACCGCUGCGCCGUCGUCGACCCCACCCACCACCUCGCAGUCAUCCAGCAACCUCUUUGGAGGUGGAGCUACAACCACGCCAGUGUUCGGAGGUGCCGCACCUGCUGCUACGCCCGCUGGCGGUCUUUUCAGUGGUGUGAACAAGCCAGCUGAUUCUACCACUCCCGCGACUUCCGCAGGUACUACUGGCAACCCACUCUUCGGCGGCGCAGCUGGUGCGCAAAGCUCGCAGACGUCCUCUCUUUUCAACAAGCCUGCUGCCUCUGGUGGUGACUCCGCUACCAAGUCUCCUUUCCCAUCUCUCGGCGCUCCUGCGUCUACUGCAGGCUCAACCCCUUCACUAGGGGCCCCCGCCACGUCGAGCGCUACUCCUCAAAAGUCCCUAUUUCCUGCCACAUCAACAACCGCUCCUUCAACUACUCCAGCCGCGGCUCCUACUGGAGGCCUGUUCGGGGCCUCUGCUCCCACAACCACUCCCGGUACAGCAGCCACUGCCGCGCCUACUACUACUGCGCCGGCUGCACCCGCAGGUGGUCUGUUCGGCCAGGCUGCUACUACCCCCUCAACCCAACCAGCGACCACUUCCAGUGCAGGUCUUGGUGGUCUCGGUACUAAGGCUACCACCGCUGGCCCGACUCCCGCCUCGACUGCCACCGCUGCAGGCACUACUGCUUCGGCUGGACCUUCUGCCCUUGGGCAGUCUACUACUGGUCCGGCUCCCCCAGCUCAGUCGCGUUUGAAGAACAAGACCAUGGAUGAGAUCAUUACCCGAUGGGCCACGGAUCUCGGUAAAUAUCAGAAGGACUUCCGUGAACAGGCGGAGAAGGUUUCCGAGUGGGACCGUUUGCUAGUGGACAAUGGUACAAAGGUUCAGAAGCUGUACGGCAGCACUGUCGAUGCGGACCGGGCUACCCAAGAGGUGGAGCGCCAGUUGGCAGCAGUGGAGGGUCAACAAGAUGAGCUCAGCUCAUGGCUGGAUCGAUACGAGCGUGAAGUUGACGAGAUGGUCACCAAGCAGGUGGGCCCUGGAGACUCCCUCCAGGGACCUGACCAGGAGCGUGAGGCAACUUACAAAUUGGCUGAGAAGCUCUCCGAGCGUUUGGACGAGAUGGGCAAGGAUCUUACCAGCAUGAUCGAAGAGGUCAACGGUGCCUCAUCCACAUUGACCAAGACCAACAAGGCAGACGAGCCGAUCUCGCAGAUUGUCCGCAUUCUCAACUCGCACCUGUCGCAGCUGCAGGUCAUCGACAUGGGUACCUCCGAGCUACAAGCUAAGCUCGACGCUGCCCAACAGGCAGGCCAAUCGAUCUCUGCUCGUCUCGGAUAUGGCUAUCCCAACACUGGUGCAGGCAAUGACAGCGCCAGUGAUGAUUUCUACCGGUCAUUCAUGCAAGGGCGGUAA